AUGCGCCAGUGUGAAAUCGCGCGAGCUGCAGUCAAUCAUCAACAAACGUACGAACUUGCGAAGCUACGCAGAGAAGUGAUGAAAGAAGAUCUGAAAGAGAGAAGAGCAGCAGUCAUGGACGAAGCCGCCGAGGCUGGACAGAGCAUUCGCAAAGCCCGACGGAGUUUCGUCAACUGCAAGACCAAGAUAUCCCCUCCGUCAUUCUAA